CUUAGCAAGAAGGUAUGACAGACAGGUCGUGUAUAUAUCUUCAGGAAGUUUUUUAUUUUCGCCGAAGGACAAUUUAUAAGUAUGGAUCCUACAUCACACACACGCACACACAUUUAUAUAUCGCACACAUUCACACAUGUAUAAGAUAUCGUAUGCCCCACGAUUUUGCCCCACAAUUUAUGUAAAUGAAAAAUAGGAUACAUCUCUGCAGUGUCUUAAAAAAG